AUGGGUGAACCCACAUUUACGCUUCCGGAAAUAAUUGAUAAUGAGAAUGGCUGGGGUCCCUCUCCCGCCAUGUUAACGGAGAAAUUCAGGGAUAUUCCAUAUGCGCCUUAUAGUAAAUCGGAUAAGUUGGGGAAAAUUGCUGAUUGGUCCACACCAGAGCAAAAAGAGAAGGAGUCGACAGGAAGGCAGAGACAAGGUUAUCGUUUCCGAGAACAAUACACGGCAUACGGCCAUGGGGCGUCAAGUACCUUUACCUAUACGCAUGCAGAAGACGAAGCUUCAUUUUCCGUUGUUGAUAACCGUUCUGCUGCACAGAAAAAGGCAGCCUCAUAUAGGACCACGGGUUCUACAAAGGCUCGCGGAGCAAAUCGUAACCAACAACAGCAACGCCAACAGAGGAAUGGACAAUACCAGAGACUAGGAGCUAUGAAUCGUGGUUUGACGGGAAGUAAGGCUAAUAAUUCUAAUGUUAGGAGAAGAUUUGGAUGGAAAGAUUAUGACAAGAACCAGCGAACGCGUGACGCCUCAGUAACAGUUGGACCCGAGUGGAAAGUACUAGAAGAAAUAGAAUUUAAUCGUUUAUCCAAACUCAACUUGGAUGUGGACGAAGGAGAUGACAUUUCUUCACAUGGUUUCCUUUACCAUUAUGAUAAGUCCUACGACAAGGUCACCACAAAAACAGAAAAACCACUAGUUCCAAGUGAACGUUUUCGAUUAUUUGUUUCCGCAUCCGAAGAUCCAAUUAUUGAACAACUUGCAAGAGAUGAUGAAGCCACGGUUUUUUCCACAGAUGCCGUUUUGAGUAUGUUAAUGUGCGCGCCAAGGUCCGUGUAUCCAUGGGACAUUAUUAUUAUCCGCACGGGUAAUAAACUCUUCUUUGAUAGGAGAAAAGGAGUGUAUGAUUAUAUUACUGUAAAUGAAAAUGCAGCCGAUCCUCCAAUUGAAACAGGAGAUAAAGAUAAUAUUAAUUCACCUAAUUCACUUUCACUGGAGGCGAUAGAUAUUAAUCAUUACUUUUCUGUUCAAGUGUUGAACGAGGCGGAAAGAUAUGACUUCAAGAAACAAAACCCUUUUAUUAAUUCUUCCGAAGAUAUUGAAAUUAUGGCACCAUGUGCGUAUCGUUACCGCCGGUUCGACCUUAGUAUAAAAGAGGAAGAAGAUAUUAGCCUUAUCGUCCGUACGCAACUUGAUUCUGUUGUUAAGCAGCCUUCAGGUGAUUCAUUCAUUACCAUCAAAGCUUUGAAUGAAUUUGAUUCCCGAGCUCAGGGCGCAGGAGGAUCGUUGGAUUGGAGACAAAAAUUAGACACUCAACGUGGUGCUGUUGUUGCUACCGAAAUGAAAAAUAAUAGCUUUAAAUUGGCUCGAUGGGCAGUGCAAAGCAUUUUGGCUGGUGCCGAUCAAAUGAAGUUAGGAUAUGUAUCUCGUGUCAAUCCAAAGGAUCGUACCCGUCAUGCAAUAUUGGGUACCCAAAUGUCCAAGCCCCGUGACUUUGCGGCUCAGAUGAAUUUGUCUAUUUCUAACGGAUGGGGUAUUGUUCGAACUAUCAUCGAUAUUUGCAUGAAAUUGCCUGAGGGAAAAUAUGUAUUGAUCAAAGAUCCAAACAAGCCUGUAGUUCGUUUGUAUUCGGUUCCAUUGAAUACAUUUGAAACAGAAGACGACGUACUCGAUGACGGUGAAGAUAUAGAUGAGGAGGAAGAAGAGAUCAUCGAGAAAUAA